GGUCAAUUGUCAACUUUUUUGGUCGGUGAUUGUCAAUGUCAGUCAAAUAAAACGUUAUCAAUUUCGUCUGAAUUUUAAAUUAAUUUAUCAGCAAAUGUACCCUAAAAACUAAAGUUAUGAAAUACAUUUCAGUAUCGUUAAUCGUAUCCUUAAUUUUUGCCGGUUAUGUGAUCAAUACCAUAUGGACGUUAGCCGAAAUUUUUAUACCGCCGGAAUGUAGUCGUGGCGAAAGAUGUUUCACUAAUUAUUUGGCUUUAAAGCCAGUACAGCAUCUUGUGCUAUAUACUUCAGUUAAGCAGCAUCCUUAUGAAAAUGGAAUGUACGAAGGAUCUGUCAACAAAGUGCAUACUUCUCUUAAAUUUGACUAUCUAAAUCCAGCAACGAUGACUGUAACAUUAAAAAUACCUCGCAAGACGCGUAAUAAUGGAACUCUAUACAUGCAUGCUGUCCUGCUGGACGAACGGAGGCUCUAUGAUGAUUUUAUAGACAUAUUUCGUUCGGAGUCUGUGCAUACGUUAUCACUAAUUACGCACACUGAGCCUCAAGCAGCAACAUUUAACCUACUGCAAUCUGAUAGUAAAAGUGAAAAGAAGACCAAAAACAAACAUGUGAAGCCCUAUGCACAUAUAGCUACAGUAGCACCACUUUCUAUUCUGACAGACAAUUUAAAUUUACCUGUGCACAAAAUACCUGGAGAAUUGUACCCUUACAUGAGAGUCAGGGAUGAAAAGUUUCUUCCAAUUAUCCAGCAUAAUGUACUGAAGUCGAGAAUAUCUCAUUUACAACUGUUAAACAGCAGUACUUCAGAAGUUAACGUCACAGUCAGUGUGGCUCCAGCCUCAUACGGCUCCUUGCGGUUAGCCAUACAUGUGCGUUUGGCGUUGGAACAGUUUCAUGUGUUGGGCUUCAGUGAUAAGGAUGUUGAUGAUGUCAAAGGCAUAUUCGCUGAUACGAAUUUAUAUUUGCUGUCAGCCACUGUUUUAAUUGCUAGUUGUCAUUUGCUAUUUGACUUCUUGGCAUUCAAGAAUGACGUUUCGUUCUGGCGCCGCAAGAAGUCUCUAGCAGGGCUGUCUGCCCGGACUGUGUUCUGGCGUGCUUUCUCUCAGAUGAUUAUCUUCUUUUAUCUUAUGGACGAGCAGACCUCGUUGUUGGUGCUAGUACCAGCCGGUAUCAGUGCUAUUAUAGAGCUAUGGAAGGUGACGAAGGUGCUUCACUUGCGCGUGUCGUUCCCCGGCUGGCGCGUGUGGCGCGUGCGCGUGUGGCGCGAGCGGGACUCCGACGCGGCCGAGCAGAGCACCGCCCGCGCGGACGCGGAGGCCAUGCGGUACCUCUCCAUGCUGCUGUACCCGCUGUGCAUCGCCGGCGCGAUAUACUCGCUGCUCUACGUCGCUCAUAAGAGCUGGUACUCGUGGGCGCUGAACAGCGUCGUGAACGGCGUGUACGCGUUCGGCUUCCUCUUCAUGCUGCCGCAGCUGUUCGUGAACUACCGCCUGCGCUCCGUGGCCGCGCUGCCGUGGCGCGCCUUCAUGUACAAGGCCUUCAACACCUUCAUCGAUGAUGUGUUCGCCUUCAUCAUCACCAUGCCCACCGCGCAUCGCGUCGCUUGCUUCCGGGACGAUCUGGUGUUCCUUGUCUACUUGUACCAGAGAUGGUUGUACCCCGUAGACAAGUCUCGUAUGGAUACCGCGUCUAGUAUGGACGAGAGCCCCGAAGAACUGGUACCCAUCAAGAAAAAGGAAGAAUAAUAAAGAUUAUAAGGUUAAAAAAAAUU